AUGACCGUGCCGGCCUUUGAGUACUCGACCCAUAAUGAAUUUCGCAGUGAUACGUUUACGGUGCCCACGGCCUCCAUGAACAAUGCCGUGGUCCAGGGCUUGUCUGACGGCUCUCUUCUGGUGGGAGACUCUGUUUAUAAAGAGGACCCGCUCACGUUGCAAUUGGAGGCCAAAAUGAGCGCACUCACCGGAAAACCCGCUGCUUUGUUCUGUGCUUCAGGCACGCUUUCCAACCAGGUGGCUCUCCGGGCACACUUACACCAGCCUCCAUACUCGAUAUUGUGCGACCAUCGAGCACAUGUAUUUUUGCACGAGGCCGGGGGUUUGGCGUCGCUUUCGCAGGCCAUGGUGCACCCGGUGAUUCCCCAAAACGGCAAUUACUUGACUUUAGAAGACAUCGAGGACAACUUCACGCCCAGCGACGGCGACAUCCACGGGGCGCCCACCAAGGUGAUCAGCUUGGAAAACACGUUGCACGGCAUAAUCACCCCCAUUGGCGAAAUACGGCGGAUCUCGCAGUUUGCCCGCGAAAACAACCUCAGGCUCCACUUGGACGGCGCACGCCUAUUCAAUGCCCUGGUGGAAACCGGAGUUUCGCUCAAGGAAUACUGCUCGUACUUCGACUCGGUGUCCAUAUGCCUCUCCAAGUCCGUGGGCGCGCCCAUGGGCUCUGUUUUGGUGGGGGAACAGCCAUUAAUAGAUACUGCCAAUCACUUCAAGAAACAGUGCGGCGGCGGCAUACGGCAGGUUGGAAUCAUGGCGCUCAUGGCGAUGGCGGCCAUUGACGAGAACGUGUCGCUUAUCCACAGAAGCCACGAGUACGUGAAAGAAGUGGCGCAGUUCUGCGCGGAGCACGACAUAGCACUCGAGUCGCCGCCAGACUCCAACUUCAUUUUCUUGGAUAUGAAGAAGAACAAGAUGGACGACAAGAAGUUGGUUGCGUUUGGGAACAAGCACCACGUGCGGCUCAUGGGCAAGCGGAUUGCCUUCCACUUCCAGCUCAGCCGCGAGUCUGUCCACAACCUCAAGCAGGCGUUGCUAGAAAGCAAGCAGGAUGCGAUUCAAAACCCGUAUGUGGGCAGAUCGCUGGCCAAGAAUAUGUAUAAUGUGGAUGUGGUCAAGCUGAUCCAGGAAAUGGCAUUGCACGGCUAG